AUGGGUAGCUGUCAUUGGGAAGAUUCUGAGUGGGAAUGGGACAGUGCCACAGGACUGCAGCGUCUGCGCGUCACUUGGAUUAGCAAAUCUCAAGCAUGGCAACGUGCUGGUCGAGCGGGUCGAAAUGCUUCAGGCGUGUGCCUACGCCUCUACACUGACGCUGAAUACGAUCAUCAAAUGGCCCUCCAUCCAUCCUCCCAACUUGCAUCUGCUCCCCUCUCUGGCGUUCUCCUCAAUCUUCUUGCAAUGGGUGUUACUAACGUGCAAUCGUUUCCUUGGUUGGAGCCGCCAAAGCCGAAGGCCAUUGAUUCCAGUCUGCAGCAGCUUCAACGCCUUGGAGCAAUCUUCACAGUCCCUCAACCCACAAAAUCCCUUUCGGCAUGCAACGGUGUCGCAUCUACAAAUGCCAUUCCUUCUUCCAUUAAA